AUGGCGGCCGAACGGGAGUUGCUCACGGUGGCGCUGGGGAACUACGCCUCGCUUGUGGCGGCGCAGUGGGCGAACGGCACCACGCAGUACGACGCCUCGCGCCGCACGCUCUACACCGAGCGGCGGGUGGAGGCCGUGCGGGGUGGGGCGGCGACGCAGCAGCGCACCGGGGCGCCAGUGCGGGUGCCACGCCUGAUUUUAUUGGAUGCGCCGCAUGCGACGCGGAUGAAAUUUCCCCGUCGCAGAGCCCGCCCGGAGACGACUGCGGAUGCGGAACACGAAGCAGGUCGUGGGGAUUCCUUUGGGGAAACGAACCAUGCGGCAGAGGGGGACGCCUUCUUCUCCCCCGCCUCCUCCGCUUCGCGCGAUGCGGAUGAUAACAACGAGGGUAAUAAUAAUAAUACUAAUAGUAAUAGUAACACCGCUGGGAUGCAAGAGUGGGGAGGGGCGGAGGAGCUGCAAGCAUCUGACGGGCCCCAUCCUCGUCCUCCUUCCACGCAGGGUGCGCCUGGCACUCAGGGCGCGUGCAACUCCAUGAAACAGAUCAAGCGGGGUCUUUUUAAUGAGCAUGACGAAGUGGUGCCGUGGUGGCACUACAUUCGCACUGGCGUGAGUGAGGACUGCGUGCAUGUCCUCCACCCACUGCACAGCCUGGGCGGGAACGCGGGCGAUGUACCACUGUUGCAUAGUUUUGGCUUUGGAAUGUCGCAGCUGUCUUCCUCGCGCAGCUGCGACGUUGCGGCGGUGGUGGGAAGUAUGUGGCAGCAGCUAGAGGAGGCGGAUUCCUUGCAGGGAGUGCAGUGCUUCCUGGACGGCGACUCCGCCUUUGGUGGGGCGGCGUGUAACGUGAUGGAGGAGUUUUGGGAAGACGCGGGGAGGAAAAUUCCCGCCGUCUUCUUCGCCUGUUUUCAGCCCCUGCCGGAGGAGGUGGUGACCCUGGACAGCGCGGUGGACUUUGCGGACAGGCGAAAAGAUGAAAUGUGCCUGAACCGACUUCUUGCCACCUCGCACCUGACACGGCAGGACCGCGCGGUGUACCUGCCGCUGGAGCUGGAGCAAUGGAGAGGCGCGUUUGCAGAACACACAGCAGCAGGUGUGAGCGCGCCCUCGUGGCUGCGGAACGACACUGCCACGGCUCAGUUGGUUGCAAUGGCCGCCGACUCCGCCCUCUACGGUGUUCGCGAUGAUGGGAGCGUAAGCGCGACAGCGACGAGUGGGCCUGCGUUUUACCUGCAUGACUGGCAAGAGGCAGUGCGGCCCACGAGGACGCUGCGUGUGGCAUCCGCCCUUGCAGCAGUCCCGCUGCGUGUGUACGACGCCCACACUCCUCGAAACGAUCUUUGGGAUCUGCUCCAGCGCUAUCCGCUGCUCUCGACGUCGCAGGUCAGCAGGGGUGGCUGCUACGCCCCCCUAACCCAUCCCGUAACUCUCGAUGCUCAAACCGAAGCUGGGCGUGUGUUGGGUCACGCCUUGACGUUGCGCGGGGCAGGCAAGCUGCAUGACCUAACGUAUCCCCGACAAGAGGCUUUGCUGCGCUACGCGCUGCCGCUGCGCACGUCAAAUUAUCUGCCCCUUGUAACAGCGAAUAGCUACCCCAUUUCACCUACGUUCCCACAAGAUUUUCUGCUCCCGCAGGAGCUUUUGGCCUCGGGGGCGCUCGAUGGCAUCGAUGUUGGCUUUCACGCUGUAUCAACGUUCGGAUCUGCGCCCAUGAUUCAGGAGAUUCUAACGGCGGCAGAAAAGGUGCUGCACCGCCGCCGACACCUUUACGAGGAGACGUACGGCAUGGAGAGUGAGGAGUGGAAAGAAGUUGUGGAGGAUGUUUUGCAGAUACGGGAUGACUACGAUCACCGGAAUAACCAAAGUGAGGACGAGGACCUCGAGUGA